AUGGGUGGGGGGAGGAAUUCUGGUGGUGGUGGUGGACUAGGAGAUGGUGGAGGUGGUGAUGGAACUAAUGGUGCUGGAGGAGGUGGAGAAGGCGGUGGCGGCGAAGGCAAAGGAGGUGGUGGCGAUGGCAAAGGAGGUGGUGGCAAUGGCAAAGGCGGUGGUGGCGAGGGUGAAGGCGGCGGUGAUGAUGGUGGUGGAGCAGCAGCUAAAGGUGGGGGUGCUGGUGGUGGUGGAGAUAGUACUAAUGGGGGUGGGGGGAGCACUAAUGGGGGUGGAGAUGGAAGUGAAGGUGGGAAGGGGAGUGUGGGAGGAGAAGGCGGGAUACGUGGCGGUUGA